AUGUCGUUGUCAGUUGCUUCUACUUUCGCCCGCCGGGGCCGACCCACCAAAACCAUUCACCCAGCGGCUCUCGGCUCGCUUAGCACCGCCGCCCCCCACCACUGCCAGCAGACCAGGGGCUACAAGUUUGGUCGAUUGGCCUCAUACUUGGAAUCCUACAUUCGCCCAGACAUUUACACCCGCCAUCAUUCCAACGCACAAAAGUACUGCGAAAAUCUCUAUCGACGGCGAGCGUUGGCCAAGCAUGCUUUGGCCGAGGAUGCCAAAACGACACUAAAACGGGCCCUCCACACCUACUGGGCUCUGGACCGGAGGGCUCGCCAUGCCACAGGGCGGUGUCUUAACACAGACGCUGCUCCAAGGCAAACCCCGGAUAACCCAAACGGCGUUCGUCCGGGCCAAAACAUCGAAGAUGCCGAGAGGGCACCUCUGGAACAUCUACUAUUCGGUGACAGGCAAGGACAGUCAACAAAGAAAAAUGGCCGCCCGAGCCAGCGGAAAGCCGAUGGGGACUAUGUCAUUGACCCCAUCACCAACCGCAGGGUACCCAACAAGUCUUCAAAGUCACCCAUCGUCAACCACUACGGCACACCUCCUUCCCUGCUAGACGCACUCGGCGGAAAGAACAAGGAUGUCCGUUGGCACCGGAAUGACACCAUUGCUUCGACAUCCGCCCCCAAGUAUUCAGAUUUGCACCGCUACACUGCGGUGAGAUACCAAGAACCCGAUGGCAAGCCGUUGGAUGAGCAGCAGGUCCCGAAACCUGCGGACCUGGCCAAGUACGGUCCUAUCCGGGCCCACGAGCCAGACGGAAAAUACAAGCUCGAAUCCGAAUCUCCCGCAAACCCGGAAGAGCUGGGCAAGUACGGUGCCGUCAGAGCCCACGAGCCGGAUGGCAAGUACAAAGACGUGCCUGAGUCUCUCGUGGAGUCACAGGAGCUUGACAAGUACGGCGCCGUGAGAACUCACGAACCCGACGGCAAAUACAAGCUCGCGCCUGAGACUCCGGUCAGCCAAAAGGAGCUAGACAAGUACGGGGCUGUCCGCAGUCACGAGCCGGACGGCAGGUACAAAGCUGAGGCCGGCGAGGCAACCUCUUCUGCGAACUCAGAGGAAUUGGACAAGUAUGGUGCUUUUAAGUCGCAUGAGCCAGAUGGUGCCUACAAGUUGGAGCCUGAGCCUACGCUCACCCAGGAAGAGCGCGGCAAGUAUGGAGCCUUCCGCAGCCAUGAGCCGGACGGCAAGUACAAACUCGAGUCGGAGGCUCCAGCGACCACGCGAGAGUCGAAGCGGUACGAGGCCGUUCGCAGCUACGAACCGGAAAUCAAGUUUGCGGCCGAAUACACCGACACCCCCGACGCGGCAGAGCUGGCGGCGUACAGCAAGCCCAUCCUUGCUCAUGAGCCAGAUGGUAUGUACGCUGCGAAUCACGUUGAAUCCGAGUACGACGCCGAAGAACUGGCCAAGUACCGCAAGCCCUUCUUCUCCCACGAGCCUGAUGGCAAAUACGCUGCGUCCUACGUGAAGCCGCAGUACGACAAUGCGGAACUGUCGCAGUAUACGGCGUUCCGCAGCCAUGAGCCUGAUGGCAAGUACGCCGCCAGCUAUGCCAAGGAGGAGUACGAUUCGAGUGAGCUGGCUACCUACGGAGCUUUCCGGAGCCACGAACCCGAUGGCAAAUACGCUGUCAGUUACGUCGAGGAGAAGCCUGAUGCGAACGAGUUGGCGACCUACAAGGCAUACCGAAGCCACGAACCCGAUGGAAAGUACGCUGCCAGUUAUGUCAAGGAAAAGCCCGACUCGGAUGAGCUGGCCACUUACGGUGCAUUCCGAAGCCACGAGCCCGACGGCAAAUACGCCGCCAGCAACGCCGCUCCCGCGAAGCCGGCUGACGCCCAAAAGUAUCAGGCGUUUCGCAGUCAUGAGCCCGACGGCAAGUAUGCCGCGGAAGCACAGGCCUCCGAGGCCCAAGAUCUCGCUAACCACGAGGCUUUCACUUACGAGGAUGCGGAGACUCGACCGCUCCCACAACAGGAUCAGCCCAACGAGGAGCAGGAAAAAUCGCCAUAUCGCAAGAAGGUUGAGGAACUGAUGGCUCGGGCUGCUGCCGAGUCAAAUGUUUCAGGUGUCUCCGGCCGGAGUUCACCGCCGGCCGAUAGCAACAACGGCCGUAGUCAAGAGCCCGCAGCCCUAACAGGCAAUUACGUACGUGACUUCCCCGAGGACUUCUCCAAAUCCUGGCCGGCCGGUACAUCGGAAGCCACUUCAUCUCUUCUCUCCCCGGAGCAAAAGACGUCCGACGGGGCCGUCCAGCCCGCAUUGGAGCGCUUUGGCAAAGAAACCGGCGAUUCUUCCUCCAAACCCGCUAACUCCGCCGUACCAGCGCUCUACAAGAUCCUAGUCUACGACCCCACCAUGCAAUGCGUCGAGGCUGCCGAAAUGACGUCUACCGUCCCGGACAGCACCGCGGCGCUGACCCCGGCCGAGGUCCUCCUCCGCAUCUCCAACCCCGCCAAAUUCUUCCCCCACUUCGCACCCCUCCAAGCCCAGGGCUUCGAGAUUGUUGCCGGCAGCGGCGACGUGCUCAUCUUCCGCAAGGUCCACGACGGGACCACGACCGCACCGAACGCGACGGUCAACCGCAUUGACAUGACGGGCGGGCAGCCCAACGGCGACUACAGCGUUGCGGCCGGCCGCUUCGCCAGCCCCACGGGCUUUGUCAACUACGACUUGCCCCCUGCCGCGGGACGGCAGCGGGCGGUGGCUCGCGAGCAGGAGGAGGCGGCUGAUGCUGCCUCCAAGAAGGAGCGUGCUGCUGCCGGCGACGUGCACAAGAAGGGGAAGCGCAGCCUGCCGAAGAAGGUUGCUAUCGGGGCCGCCUGCCUGACCGGCAGCGCGUACUCGGUUGGGGUGGUGAGCGAGUACUUUAAGAAGGGGGGUGUUGAUGGUAAGGGGCCCAAGGGUCUCUGA